UUUAAGACUUGGCUGCUGUGAUUGGCUCAGUCCAUUCUGUUGCAGGAAGCAGCCGCGCAACUUCACAAAGUGCGAUUGCAGUGGAAUAAUCACAAUUUUCAACAGUAUAAAGAUGAUGCGAAGACCCCGAGCAUCAACUGCCAACGCUGUAAACUGCAAAGUUGUGGACUCCGACUUAUCUUUUUCCCAGACACUGAGUACUGAUGAGGAUCCUGAGGAAUGGAGGCCACCAGAGCCAAAGCCAAAAGCCCCCAGUAAAACUGCCAGAGCAACUGGUGAGAAGAAAGCAGUUGCCAAGAAAACUACUAAACCAAAAGAGGCGAAAGCACCCAAAGAACCUAAAGCUCCCAAACUGCCUAAAGAACCAAAGCUAAGGGCUCCACGUAAAUCUACAGCGGGACGAAAAACACAGGCUGCUAAAAGUCUGAAGGAUUCUCAGGCAUCGGGUUUAGCUGGAAUGAAGAGGAAAGAAGUGGAUGGUGACUUUAGAGAAGACACAGAAGGAACUCAAACUGACUUUCCAGUGGAAGAGAGGGCAGCUGAAGAGAGUGGGACAAGCGUCAGAAUGAAGGAAGAGAGGCUGUCAUUUAUUGUGUCAGAAGCCCAUCAGUCAGACAGACGGGCAGGUGAGGGGUCAUCACGUGCUGGGCUUGGAGUUAAGAAGGAGGAAGUAGAGGAGGAAGAUUUUACUUUUGACAAGCCCUGUCUAAAGAAACAAAAGACCAGUGCUUCCUGGAAGGGACAACCGACUACUUUACCACCAUCUGAGGCACAGUCUUUGAGGAAUGAUCUCAAUAUGAACUGGGACUUGAUAGAGGUGCUGUCCCACUUGACAUGUGUGGAGCAGUGGGUUUGUGCAAACAUUGUUACGUUGCUUCGUGAGGAGAACACUGUGCCGUUCAUGGUGCGCUACCGGAAAGAGAUGAUUAACCACAUGGAUGCUGAUGCUGUUCGAGAUGUCCAUAUGGUGUAUGAGGAGUUAUGCUCUCUGGCUAAGAAGACUCAGUCUGUGAUUCAAGCCCUGAAAAAGGACGGGGUUUUGACAGCUGAGCUGGAACGAAACCUCAGGAGCUGCCGAUCAGCUGAUGAAUUGGAUCAUGUGUACUCUCCCUAUAAGAAAGGCAGCAAGCUGACGAAAGCUCGUAGAGCCAAAGCACUUGGCCUUGAGGAGGCCGCCUCUGCACUGAUUAACACGCCACACACUCUAGAUUUAAGGGCAUGGGUAAAACCUGGUGCUGAAGGUCUUUCAUCAGUGGAUGACGUGGCCACAGGUGUGGAGCAUAUAUUGGCUGAUAUGAUAUCCAAAGACCCUGAGACACUCACCUACGUGAAGACAUUAUGCGAGAACAGUUUUGUAACCAUACAGUCUUCUGUGUCGAAGUCAGCAUUAAAAGAAAAGGAAGAGAAAUCUGCCCAAGGCCAAAAAUCAAAGCCAGGUGCUGAGCACAAAAAAAACAAGGACAUUGACAAGUUCCACCUCUACUUUGACUUUACCUGCAACAUCCAGCGCAUCCAACCCCAUCAGACGCUGGCUAUUAACCGAGGGGAGAGUCUCAAGAUUUUGACAGUGAAGGUGAACAUUCCCGACGGGGUGAAGAGAGACUUCACUAGGUGGUGCAUCAACAACAGGUGGAGGCCAAAGACAUUUGCAAGAAAAGAACUUCAUGCAAUCAUUAGGAAUGCAGUGGAAGACUCUUAUAAAAGGCUUAUUCUGCCUUUCCUCACUAGGAGUUACAGGACUAAACUGACGACUGCAGCGGAGAAGGAGUCAGUCGUCAUGUUUGUGCGCAACCUCCGCCAGCGCCUUCUGGUAUGUCCUGUUAGAGGCUGUGUCAUCAUGGGGGUGGACCCUGGCUUCAGACAUGGCUGUAAGCUGGCAGUUCUCUCCCCUACUGGUCAGAUUCUCCAUACUGAUGUUGUAUACCUGCAUAAUUCAAACCAGCAAAGUGAAGCAGAGAAAUUGCGCCACCUUAUGCUCAAAUACAGCUGUAAUAGGAUUGCCAUUGGCAAUGGGACAGCAUGUCGGGAAACUGAGUCCUUCUUCGCUGACCUCAUCUCCAGGCAUUAUUUUCAUCCCCUGGAUGUCUCCUAUUGUAUAACCAAUGAGGCAGGAGCAUCCAUCUACAGUGUGAGUCCUGAGGCAGUCAAAGAGAUGCCAGACUUGGACCCUAACCUCAGGAGUGCAGUGUCGAUUGGAAGACGUGUCCAAGAUCCACUGGCUGAGCUUGUGAAGAUUGAUCCGAAACACAUAGGCAUUGGAACAUAUCAGCAUGAUGUGUCAGCUGGAGCUUUGAAGGCAGCGCUCAAUGGCGUGGUGCAGGAGUGUGUGAGCUUUGUUGGCGUGGAUAUUAACAUCUGCUCUGAGACACUGAUGAGGCAUGUAGCAGGCCUAAAUAUGGGCAGGGCACGGAGUAUCACAGAAUGGAGAGAGCAGAACGGUCCCUUCAUCAACAGGGAACAGAUCAAGCUGGUCAAAGGCAUGGGGCCCAAGUCCUACCAGCAGUGUGUCGGCUUCAUCAGAAUCAACCCACAAACCCUGUCCAGUGUUAGAUUAUCCUCUAAGCCUACACCAGAAGAACGAGAGAAACCUGCAGCUAAGAAAGCCAAAGGAAAGACUGGUGUCAACAUACCAACCUCAUUUAACCCCCUGGACCAGACCUGUAUACAUCCAGAGUCCUACCAUGUAGCACAGAGAUUUUUGUCCCUUGUGGGUGGGAGUGUGGACCAAAUUGGAAGCGCAAGCCUGAAACACUGUGUAGAGAGCAAGGUUAAGACCAGCGGUGUGGAGGAGCUGGCCCGCACUGUGGACACCACACCUGAGACCCUUAAACUUAUUAUAGAUGGCCUGACGCAGCCCCCUGGGUUUGACAUACGGCAAAAUUUUGGCCAAGCGGACUUUAAGCGGGGCAUUGUAUCGAUGAGUGAUCUGCAGGUGGGUGCAGUGCUGACAGGCCGUGUGGACAACACCACACUCUUCGGGGCAUUUGUAGAUAUCGGCGUUGGGCGCUCAGGCCUCAUCCACAAGAGCAACAUUACUCUGGACAAGCUGCCGGUUAGCCAGCGUCGUCGCAGUCUGGUUCUGGGACCUGGGGAGCGGGUGGAGGUCCGGGUCCUAAAUGUUGACCUACAAAGGGGACAGAUUGGGCUGGAUCUGAUCAGAGUCUUGCAAUAGAUUUACAUUUACUUAUUGCCCUUUAUUGUCACUAGGUUUGUGAUAGGUAAUUACAGUUUUUAAAUUGCUAAGGCCUCAGACACACAGGCCUAGAGACUGGUUGGUUACACCACCCCUGGCAACCUCCCCCGUCAAUAGGGAAAAUUUGUAUUCUUUAACCAGUUGGCAUAUGGUUGCUGGAGGUUGCUAGCCAUUGCCAGGCAAAAUUGGUCGUGAAGAGGAAGCUGCACCAAAAACCUGCUUGUGAUUGCUUUGGUUGCUACCAGAUUGCCGCAGUCACCCAUAAGAUGUCAAGUUGUCUGCAAACACUUGCAAUUCACAGUUUGAGCUGUAGUGAAACUUGGAAAAAGUGCAGCAUAAACUGAAAAAGGAAAACCCCUUCCAGGCAAAAUUGUGGUUUACGACUGCAAACGACACAUUUAAUUUGAAUUGAAUUGAAAAACCUGGCAGCAACUUGCAACUAGUCAAGGAAUGCACCUUUUUUGCUCAUGACCACUUGCUGCCAGAUGGUUGUCGACCAGUCUGAGUCAAGACUUGUGUGACUGGGGCCCACCUUUGCUAGUUUUAAAAUAGUGCAAUUGAAUGCACAGCUGUUACAAGUUCAGAAAUAAAAACAAAAUUCAAACCGAACUUUAUUAGACUCAUUAACAGUUGGGAGAAUUAAUUUCCCCUGAAGUAAUUUUCACAUUUUUCUAUCUUCUGUAGUGUCUCUUGUCUUUGUAAUUCCUUAAAGAAAAUUGGUGGACAAACAGAUUGAAAUUGUGCUUAGCCUUGUUUCAUCUGCAGUUACUGCUUUGACAUUAAAAUAUGUUCUAUAUAUUGUGUGUUCUUAGUGUAAAAAAGAAAAGUUCAGCAAAUUGUACCAUGAUAUGCUUCACUUUAAUGAGGAAACACAUAAAUGAGAAUGGGGGGGAGAGCAGGAUGACAUGAGCCAUGGAGAAGCUUAAGGUGUGAGAAAUAGAGGACCUGAUGUGCAAUUUGAUGAUGGAAAAAAAAACAAGUAAAAGAAGCAAGUUUUUCUUUAACACAACCAGAAAAUGUGAAAAGACAGAAGGGGGGGUAUGUUGAGGCAGAGGUAGCGAUAGUAGGAGGAGGUGGGAGUGUUUCUGUAUUCCAGACUGCGGUAAAGCCUGAAGGCUUUUUAGGCAUGGUCCCAGACACAAUUAUCCAAACACACACUAAUCAGCUGCUUCAAAAUUAAUCCCAGACUCCCUAUCCACAUUAUCUAAUUUGUUUGUUUGGAAUAAAUUUUUUAAAAGUGUGUGU